UGUCAGUUAUUACAUAAAAUCUUGGGGCAGGUUUUCUAUUUAAGGAAAGUGAUGGAGAGAUACCAAUCCCCAACUCCGAACAGUCACCGGAAAAGCUGCCUAAAUUGGUCCACAAGGAAUAGUAUUAGUAGCCUUUGCUUCUCUUCCAAUAUUACUCUGAAUAAAGCAUCCAUCCUACUUGCUUAUAUCAACUAUCAACUCACGCAAAUCAUAUAUCCUUCCCCUAUAAUCUGCUUAAUCUGUGUAGGUUUGUUUCCGAUCAGAUUUCAUGGCGGAAGUAGCUGUGGUGGAAGCGCUUUUGUUCGGCGAUGAUGGAGCCAAGGCCGCCGCCACAGAGGCAGUUAUUCAUCUCACAAACAAACAGAGACACAAAUUGGCUGAUAAUGGAGCCAUUCCUCCUCUCGUCUCCAUGCUUCAUAAUCCUCCAGAUUUCAAAUCCCUAGAAUCUGCACUCUUUGCUCUCCUCAGUCUCGCCUAUGGCAGCGAAAGAAACAAGAUCCGGAUUGCGAAAUCAGGAGCUAUUCCUCUCUUUUUAAACCUCAUACGAUCACAAAUCCAUCCAUUAAUCGACCACGCCAUAGCAGCACUUUUAAUCUUAUCAUCUUGCUCAUCAAACAAACCCUCAAUGGCGACAUCAGGUGCUAUCGAAACCCUAAAUCAAACCCUCCUUCAAAACAGCACCACCCAAGUAAAACUCGACAUCAUAGUCACUCUCCAUAACCUAUCACCAUAUAUCCCCGCCUUUCUUUCAUCAUCUACAUCAUCUUCUUUAAUCCACCUCAUCCACGAAUCCGAAAAAUCAUCCAAAUUAGUCGAGAAAUCAAUGUGUCUACUCGAACACUUAUCUUCUUCAUCAGAGAUCGCGUUGAGAGCGAUUUCAUCGACAGAAAUCGGGAUUAGGGCAGUUGUGGAGAGUGUAGAAGAAGGUUCGAAGCAGUGUAAGGAGUACGCAGUUGGGAUUUUGUUGAUGAUAUGUGAGAGUAGUAGGGAGAGAUACAGAGGAAUGAUUUUAUGUGAAGGAGCGAUUCCGGGUUUGCUUCAGGUUAGUCUUGAUGGGACAAGGAGAGCUAAAGGGAGUGCUAAAUCGCUGCUUAGGCUUCUGAGGGACUGUGAGAGUGGUGGUGGUGAGAGGUUGAAGAAUAUUGUGGUGGAGGAGGUUAUGGGCGAGAUUUACAGAGGUGGAACGGAGGUUGGAAUGGUGGAGGAGAUGAUUGCUAGGCUUACUACAUGAAUGGUUUUACAGAAAAACAGAGAAGCUUUUACUCUGUUUCCUGUUCUUGUGGCUGUAUAUAUUUUAUUAUACACGUUGGUUUUAUCAUAUUUAUGAAAAGGCUAUUCACUAAAAUAACCUAAAAUAGAAGGACUUUGGAAUUAACAUUUUGCUUCAUUGAUAAUUGGUAAUAGGGCUGACAAUGGGCCAAGGCUUGUGGUGGACCUUAUCGGGCUUUGACUGGUUAACCGGCAACCCAGGCCAAAUUCAUUGGGCCAAAGGUCUGGAGGUAUUACCGGGCUAUUCCCUGGCUUUUUCUGGGCCUACCCAGGCAUCGGUCCGAGUCGGGGUAAAAUAUAGUAAUUAUUUAAAAACAUGUAACAAAUAUGUGGAUAAAUAUGAAACAAAUGCAAAUCCAUAA